CCUGUUGUAUCGGAGCCGGUCGGCGCAAGGUCCGUCGUAGACAACUCGUGUCAUGGGAUGAGUUGGACCGCCGUUCUGCAUCCGCAACGAACCCUGCUGCUGCGGCUGCCGAAAGUGACGACUCAGAUGAAACUGUGGGGCCGCCUUCUAGGCGGCGACUCGCUAUGGAGAGAGGGAAAGGACUCCGCCCUGGAGCGCAUUCAGAGUCGUCUGACUCUCAAGGGCGCACUCAUGGUGCGGGCGCGAGGCAGUCCGGGUUGUCAUCGACUGCGGGAGGCGAUGGCGGUCGCUCCGAGGCGUUUUCUUCUCCAGCCGAGACGUCUGGUUCGCAGAAAAGUGUGGAGGAAAAAGAUGCUUCAGCGGUGGGAACAGAGAGUGCGCGUCGACUUAGGCAACAAGAACAGAAGCGAAGCGGUGGGCCGCGACGCUAUGCACGACAAGAUGUUGGCAAGCCGCAUUUUACUGCUAAGGGGUCGCCAGAGAGCGAAGACUCUGCGGAGAGCUGGUCAGGCGGAAGUGGCGAGUCAUCAGGCGCCAGUGACAGUGAAACGAGCGAGCACUCGUACGGGCCAGAGAGCCAGCACGGACCGCACGGAGGGCGCCGCGAGGAUGCCGCUGUUGUGGAAGAUUCCGACUCUUUGGGUUACUCUUCAGCGCUAGGGUCAGACGCGGCUAGCAGCAGCAGCAGCAGCAGUCGAUUUGUG